AUGAAAUGCUUCAAGUGCGGCCAAGAGGGACACUUCAUCAAAGAUUGUCCACAAUUGAGGGAGCAACAGCCAGCAGCUGAGGCACCAAGAUUGGGCAGAGUUUACACGCUGGAUCAACAUGUGGCGGACCAGACAGCCAAACUAGUUAAAGGUACGAUCAAUAUAUGUGGUGAAAAACUAUCUGUUUUAUUUGACUCUAGUGCGACCAAUUCCUUCAUUCCCGACUAUGUAGCAAAUGCAUUUAACUUAACUAUGAGCCCAUUGCAAUCCCCAAUACAAGUCACCUCUGCGACGGGGGAAGUGACAACGUCUCACUUCAUAUGUAGAAAUGUAGAAUUCAGAUACAAAGGAAGGAAGUACACCCAAUACUUCAUAAUUCUCCCCUUAGCCAAACUAAACCUAAUAUUGGGAAUGGACCGGCUGGCCAAACAGCGCGUAGUAAUUGAUUGUAGCAACCGAAGUAUAAUAGUCGGCGGGGAAUGGAUGGAGACCCCACUCCCCAGUACUUCACCGGUCGAAUCAAGAGAUUGUACUUUCAUGCUAAUAGCUGGCCCGGUAGGUGCAAGCGAGACGCCGCUGAUGAACAUUCUCGUGGUCAAAGAAUUCGAGGAUGUAUUUCCUGACGACAUUACCACCUUCCCCCCUGAAAGGGAAGUGGAGUUCUCUAUUGAGCUUAUGCCCGGGACUGGGCCAAUCUCAAUUGCACCCUACCGCAUGUCUCCCCUUGAACUAGUAGAAUUGAAGAAGCAGCUAGAAGACUUGCUAGGGAAGAAUUUCAUCUGA